AUGAUCAACACCUUCCACAGCACUCUUCCACCGCCACCGGUGCCCCCACGGACGGGCUACGCCGGGUCCAAACCCAACAGCAACUCAUCUUUAGUCAAGUUCUUAUCUGUGGUUCUGUUACUCCUAAUGUUACUGACAUUUGGAGGUUUCUUCUACCUGUUCUCCAAAACCAACACGUUACAAUCAAAUCUGAGCAACCAUGAAGACUUUGCCAUCCUAAAGAGACUACAGGAAUGUGAGGACAGUACUGAAAGUAAAUGGCUACUCAACUGUAAAGAGCUUGUUUUAAAAUACAAGUCUGUUUUAGACAAGGUCCUGCAAGCAGAAGGCACAGCGGCCAAAAUAGUUGGGGAAUCAUCUCCAGAAACAUUUGCACAUCUGAAAGCCAUGCCAAAACAACAAUCAACACCACCUCUGCUGAACCCGCCGGCAAACACAUUGUUGUGGGACAGAGAGCAUUCAGUGUUCGAGAAUGUCGAUUUGAGCAGCACUGGUACGCUGACCAUUAGAAGACCAGGCACCUACUACAUCUUUUCCCAGGUCACGUUUUCGGCCCAACACGCCAGAGCACCGCUCAGACAGUUCAUAAUGAGUAAGACAAAGAAGAAACAGGAGGGAGAGCCUCUGCUGAAGUCCUACUGCAGCUUGAGCACCUCCAGAGGAGCUGGCUUUCCGGAUCUGUGCACCUCCUCACAGGCAGGAGUGUUCAAACUGGAAGCAGGCCAGCAGCUCUACAUCAAUGUGACGGACAGAGACUUGGUGAACACUGAGUCCUCUUUCUUUGGAUUAUUCAUGCUCUAA